AGCUAGACUCAGAUACUCCCUGCCUCACACGCCGAGAGCUGAGCUGCGGAUUGCAGGAGGAGGACAGCGACAAGGGGACGCUUAUUUUGUACGUAACCUCUCUGUAUCUCAACAACGCAAGUUUAUUUACACAUUCAUCUUGGAUUCCUAAAAGGACUAUUUUGGGAGGAGAAAAGAGCAAAGCUCUAGUACACAUUAAACACCGCUGCCUUGUGCAUUUCUACUGGCUCAGGACAUCAACAAGUCAAUACCGGCAGAAACAAGUCAUCUUGCAACUGGGAUUAUAGCCUGGACUGGGAAACUGUAUAUAAUACAGUAACGCUUUAAAAACUCACAUUUGUUCCUAUUUAUUUGGAUUUUUGGCUAUUUACUAUGGAGCUGGAGAUUUAGGGACAUUGAAUGUGAACUGAAAGCUGAUGUUUAGAAUUUCAAUCCUUACCUAGCAUCAGUCUCCACCUUUUUGCCAUUGAGUAGUCUGUCACUCAAUGCAAGGGCGUAUCUAGCGGAGAAAAGAAGAGUUGUGUGUGUGUAGCAGUGUCGCUGGGACCAGCCACACACACCCGGGCUGCCUGCUACGGUCUCCGGGCUGAUCCUACCUUGUUCCGCACAGAGCAGCACUGCAAGGCCACUCAGCCAUCAUGGGACCACAGUCCACCCUCAGUAUCCUCUUCGUGUCUGCGCUCCUGUGCCAGGUCUCUUGCUCCGGACUUUUUGAGCUAAAGCUACAGGAGUUUGUCAACAAGAAGGGUCCUAUGGGGAACAUGAACUGCUGUCGCAGUGGGAUGUCUGGCUCCCAAGGGCUACAACAAUGCGAGUGCAAGACCUUCUUCAGGAUCUGUCUGAAGCACUACCAGAGCAGCGUGUCCCCGGAGCCUCCGUGUACAUAUGGCAGCGCCAUCACCCCUGUGCUGGGCUCCAACUCGUUCAGUGUGCCCGACAGCAGCAGCUCGGAUCCAAGCUUCACCAACCCUAUCAGAUUCGCCUUUGGAUUCACCUGGCCUGGUACCUUUUCCCUUAUCAUUGAAGCACUGCACACUGAUUCACCAGAUGAUCUAAGUACAGAGAACCCUGACCGCCUGAUUAGCCGCCUGGCCACCCAGCGACACCUGACUGUGGGUGAAGAGUGGUCCCAGGAUUUGCACAGCAGUGGCCGAACUGAGCUCAAGUACUCAUACCGCUUUGUGUGCGACGAGCACUACUAUGGAGAAGGAUGCUCAGACUACUGCCGUCCCAGGGAUGAUACAUUUGGACACUUCUCCUGUGGUGAGAAAGGAGAGAAAGUCUGCAACCCUGGAUGGAAAGGACAGUACUGCACUGAAUCAAUCUGUCUUCCUGGAUGUGACGAACACCAUGGUUAUUGUGAAAAACCCGGGGAGUGCAAAUGCCGUGUAGGCUGGCAAGGCCGCUACUGUGAUGAAUGCAUCCGAUACCCAGGCUGCCUCCAUGGCACUUGCCAGCAGCCUUGGCAGUGCAACUGCCAAGAAGGAUGGGGAGGUCUGUUUUGUAAUCAAGAUCUUAAUUACUGCACCCACCAUAAGCCAUGCAAGAAUGGAGCCACCUGUACCAACACUGGCCAGGGAAGCUACACUUGCUCAUGCCGUCCAGGCUACACCGGGUCCAACUGUGAGAUUGAGAUCAAUGAGUGUGAUACUAACCCUUGCAAGAAUGGAGGAAGCUGCACUGAUCUGGAAAAUAGCUACUUAUGUUCAUGCCCACCAGGGUUCUAUGGUAAAAAUUGUGAGCUCAGUGCCAUGACUUGUGCUGAUGGACCAUGCUUCAAUGGAGGCAGAUGCUCUGAUAACCCAGAUGGUGGAUACAGCUGCCUUUGCCCAGCUGCAUAUUCUGGUUUCAACUGUGAAAAGAAAAUUGAUUACUGCAGCUCCAAUCCCUGUGCCAAUGGAGCUCGCUGCGAAGACCUUGGAAAUUCCUAUAUAUGUCAGUGUCAAGAUGGCUUCUCUGGAAGGCACUGUGAUGACAACCUGGAUGACUGUUCUUCCUUUCCCUGCCAGAAUGGUGGCACAUGCCAGGAUGGGAUUAAUGACUAUUUAUGCACCUGUCCUCCUGGGUACACCGGGAAGAAUUGCAGCAUGCCUGUCAGCAAAUGUGAGCACAAUCCAUGCCACAAUGGGGCAACAUGUCAUGAGAGAAACAACCGUUAUGUCUGCGAAUGUGCUCGUGGCUAUGGUGGACUUAAUUGCCAGUUCUUAUUGCCUGAACAACCCAGUAUUGUGGAUUCCACUGGUAAAUACGUAGAAAAACAAGGAGGACAGUUUCCAUGGAUUGCAGUGUGUGCUGGGAUUAUCCUGGUGUUUUUGCUGCUGUUAGGUUGUGCUGCAGUAGUUGUCUAUGUACGACUCAAGGUGCAGAAGAAACGACACAUGCCUAUUCCUGCACAUGGUGAGACCAAGACCAUGAAUAAUCUUUCCAACUGCCAUCGUGAAAAGGACAUUUCUGUAAGCAUCAUAGGCACCAGUCAGAUUAAAAACACAAAUAAGAAAGUGGACUUCCUAAGUGAAAGCAAUAAUGAUAAAAAUGGCUACAAGCCCAGAUACCCAACCGUGGAUUACAAUUUAGUCCACGAGAUGAAGAAUGAGGACACUUCAAAGGAGGAACGUAGGAAAUGUGAGGCCAAGUGCAGCACCAAUGACUCAGAUUCAGAAGACAUGCACUCAUCACAUUUAAAAAGUGAUUCUUCAGAAAGAAGAAGACCAGACUCAAACUACUCAACUAAAGACACAAAAUAUCAGUCUGUAUAUGUCAUAUCAGAUGAGAAAGAUGAAUGCAUCAUAGCAACUGAGGUGUAAUACGGAAGCUGUACAAUACAUUCUUGUCAAAUAUGCAGAGGUGACGCCCACAUGAAUGCUGCUGAUAAUAGAGGAGAGGGAC